CUCGAUAACGAUGUGUUUACAUGAGAUUAAAGAUUGAGUUCGAAUCUACGUCAUGCCAAAACAUCGAUAAAUUCUCUAGGAAGCGCUUAGGUAACUAUUACCCUACCAGCGGUCAGCAUCGGCAACCGACGGCCCUUAACCUGCCCUAUCCCGCGCGGUAUGAUCGGUGUUCCAGAAGACCAACGGAACGGCAGCCAUGCACUAGCUUAUCACCCGCCCUCGGUCCCUUAUCGACGGGUCCUGCAAUACGACCCUACCUUUAUCUCAUUAGACAUAAUUAUCUAACACAUAUACGACGCCUUAUUGUCAUUGACCCUGUACCACAUCCGAUGAAGGCGAUGAAGGAAUCGUAGGACCAAUUUUCUCACAUUGGAAUAAAGUUAUAGAGCGUUUAGACGGCUUAUAAACGGGCAUGUGGACGAGCUAGUUUGCGUUUGCGGGGAUUUUGGGUUUUCUGGCUGCUGCGAAUAUCGGAUCUCUUUCUCCAGCGUUUGGGGCUCGACGAGUGUAUAUAGAUUCUCUAAUUAGUUACCUUAAAAGUUCUUGUUAGUCGUGGUUUUGAAUAUUUCAUUCGAUUAGAUAUUCAUCAACGAUCAUCAAAGAAAAUGGGCUCCUACGAACCUGACCAGCCUGAGCCUCAGAAUCUCUGGAUAGAGACACCAUGCAUUCCAUCGGCAACUCUGUCACGGGCAGCAGGAUGCAACAUAUUCCUCAAGCUAGAAAACCUCCAACCCUCAGGGUCCUUUAAAUCGCGGGGAAUCGGGUAUAUGAUGCAAAAAGCAAUGUUCGGAAAACGCACCAGCGAUGCCCACUUCUACUGCUCGUCCGGAGGUAACGCAGGCCUGGCGUGCGCAACAGCCGCCGCGAUAUUGAAUCGGCCAUGCACCAUUGUCGUGCCCCUGAGCACAAAAGAACAUAUAAUCGAGAAAUUGCGUCUCCUAGGCGCAAAAGUCCACCAAGCAGGCUCCCACUGGGCCCUCGCGGACGCGCACCUGCGCUCAGAACUCCUCGCCAACGACUCCGUCGGCGUGUACGUGCCUCCCUUCGACCACCCCGACAUCUGGGAAGGCGCAAGCACUCUCGUCGAUGAAAUCAUCGCCCAAGUGAAAUCGUACAACGUAUCGCAGAUCGACGGAAUCAUCUGCAACUGCGGCGGCGGCGGCCUCCUAAACGGCAUAAUGACCGGCGUAGAGAAGAACUUCUCCACCUCCUCCUCCUCCCACCCAAAACCCAAACCCCGCGUCCUCGCCCUCGAGACCAUCGGCGCCGAUAGCUUAAACGCCAGUGUCCACGCAGGCCACCUCGUGACUCUGCCCGCGAUAACCAGCAUCGCGACAAGUCUCGGCGCGCAAAGGGUUUCGGAAGAAUCCUUCCGCUGGAGCCAGGAGGCGUCGUACCUGACGAGUCUGGUAGUCAGCGAUGCGGAGGCCGUAGCUGCGACGAUGAGGUUCGCGGACGAUGCGCGGAUGUUGGUGGAGGUUGCGUGCGGGGCGACUAUUGCGACGGUGUAUAACGGGGAUUUGCGGCGGGUGUUAGGGGGAGAGGAGAUGAGCGAUGAGGAGUGGAGGGGGAAGAAUGUGGUUGUGAUUGUGUGUGGAGGGUCGAAUGUAAGUUUAGAUGCGUUGGGGGUUUGGGGGGAGCAGUUUGGAGUGAGGGAUAUGGAUAUGUAUAAGAAGAGGAUAUAGUGAACGGGGAUUUAAUGAACCGAGAGAAGAAUUUCCAUGAUUUGUUUGAGGAAUAUGCGGUAUCAAGGGCGGGUGAAGUGAAGUGUAGCUAUGGACCAGCCAUCCUCACCCUUCCUUAUUCCACUCGAAGUAACCAGCAAAUGCAACCGUAUCCGAACUUGCUCACUCCCCAUCUUCCUCCUUCCAUCUAAACCUCCUCUUCCAACAUCGACCGAUCAUAUCCGACCUCCUUAUACCCCAUCCCCACCAAAUCCCCACCCACCGUCCCCUUCAGCUCAAACCCCUCCUCCCCAAACCCCUCAAGCACCAGCUCAAUCUCCCCGAAAUAAUUCACCC